UCUUUUAUAAUCGCUGUAUUCUUUAACCAAAGAUUUAAAAAAUAUCUCAUAAUUUUCCUGCAAUUACUGAAAAUCGUAUUAGGAUCUCGAAUUCGAUCCAAUGGCUUCUCGUCGGCGUAUGCUUCUAAAGGUCAUAAUUCUCGGCGACAGCGGGGUUGGGAAGACUUCUCUCAUGAAUCAGUAUGUUAAUCGUAAGUUCAGUAAUCAGUACAAAGCAACGAUUGGAGCCGAUUUUCUGACAAAAGAGGUUCAGUUUGAAGAUAGACUGUUUACAUUGCAGAUAUGGGAUACUGCUGGGCAGGAAAGGUUUCAAAGUUUAGGUGUGGCUUUCUAUCGGGGUGCUGAUUGCUGUGUACUUGUGCAUGAUGUUAAUGUCAUGAAGUCCUUUGAUAAUCUUAACAACUGGCGAGAAGAGUUUCUGAUUCAGGCGAGUCCAUCUGACCCUGAAAACUUUCCGUUUGUUGUGCUGGGAAACAAGGUUGAUGUUGAUGGUGGCAACAGUCGAGUGGUUUCUGAAAAGAAAGCAAAGGCAUGGUGUGCUUCAAAGGGAGAUAUUCCUUACUUUGAGACCUCUGCAAAAGAAGGAUUCAAUGUCGAUGCUGCAUUUGAGUGCAUAGCCAAAAAUGCUCUCAAGAAUGAACCUGAAGAAGAAAUCUACCUUCCCGAAACCAUCGAUGUUGCUAGUGGCGGACGAGCACAGAGAUCUACAGGCUGUGAAUGUUAAACGAGUCAUCAGGUGCAGCUUCAUUUUAUCAAAAUGCACAAACAGCUGCAGUAGAUUUCUCAUUUCUAUCAGUUAAAGUUGCAGGGUCUGACAAUUAGUAAUAAACUAGUCAU